AUGGUACAAGGAGCCGACGGACCCCAAGCCACAACGAGAGCGAUAACCACUUCCCUUGAUCAGCAACGAAGACAGGGGAGGUCUCCUUUCGUCCCAGACAUCGCCGGAGCACGGUUACCCGACAAUUGGAAGAGCUUGACCUUGGAAAAGUAUGACGGAACCGUCGAUCCCGAAGAACACGUUGAUGCAUUCGUCACCCAAGUCGGUCUAUAUACAGACGAUGAUGCCGUCAUGUGCAAGGUCUUUCCUACCUCGUUGAAAGGACCGGCGCUCAACUGGUUCACAAGGCUCCCGCCGGGAUCGAUCGAUUCAUUCACCACUCUGUCAUCCCAUUUCACGAUACAGUUCGCCACGAUUCGUCCGCACCAGCUUACCUCAAUCGCGUUGGUUAAUAUCCGCCAAGAGAAGAAGGAGCCCCUUAGAGCAUUCUUGGAAAGGUUCGGAAAAAUGACUUUGUCCAUUCGAAAUCUAGACCCCGCAGUGGCCAUGCACCACCUCACCACGGCGCUGCGGCCGGGCCCUUUCGUGAACAGUUUAUGCAAGAAACCACCUAGAGACUUGGAUGAGCUUCGACAAAGAGCCACGAAGUACAUGAAAAUGGAAGAAUUGACCGAGUUCCGAAACCAGAACCGGUCCGACCCUUUUCCAGGAAGGAAAGAAGUUGAAAAAGAACACAACUCAAGGCCUCGCCCGAGGGACAUGCCCACAGAGAAAGAGCCAACAGGGGGCCCCGAUACACGCAGUAUACGUCGCUUAAUGCCACUAGGGCCAAGGUGUUGGAGCAGGCGCUGGCCACAGAAAUCCUAG